AUGGAGGGUUUCUGCAGAGGAUGUUUAAAUCAAUACAAUGAGCCUACCGAUUUAUUGCAGUAUACCGAAAAAAAUAGAAGGUUGUUUGUUUAUUGUACCGGUAUUCAGGUCAAACGCAAUGAUGCUUUUACAUUCCAAUUAUGUAAGGACUGCUAUCUCAACAUGAAAGUGGGUUGUAAAUUUAAAAAGCAAUGUAGAAAUUCCGAUAAGAGAUACAGAAGCUAUCUAGCAUUAAAAGAUGCAGGUGAAGUUAUUGACUUCAACACCUAUCUCAAGAAUAAUGACGAAUCCUUAACAUUCAGGCUUUCCAUGCCCUGCAGUGGAACACCAAACAUCAAUAAAGUCAAAGAUGAAGAUAACGAAUCAACAUGUACAAGUAUACAGAACUUUAUUGCUGAUAUAAUGGAAUCGGAGGAGAUACGGAUACCUGCAACGGAAGCACGCAUUAUACGGGAGGUAAUAGAGGAAGAAGCAGAUGUCUUAGAUGACUCUCUAGAUUCGCAUUGGUUGCAGGAUGAUGUUUCUAUUGAAACUGACUUCAAGCUAGACUUCAGUUUCAGUCCAUUUACAACUCCAAAUUAUAUUAACGACGACCACUGCUACACACCGAAGAAGCUCGAGAAUGACACAUUGCCGAGGCUUUCUCCAAACUUUUCCCCCAAAGUUGAAAUUCCGAGCCAGGGCUGUCAAGAUUUUGCAAAACAAAAUCUCGCAAUCGUAGAUGACACGCAGCAGUGUACAAUUGACAGAAACUUGGAGAAUGCAUUACAAGACGAGACUAACGAAAAUUUCUAUUUACAUGAUCUACUUGUUACUCCUCCAUUCUAUCCAAAUGUUUCUGGACCGCCUACGCCCGUUAUAAAGAAUAUUCUGUUCGGCGAUAAACUAGAGGGCGCUGAAACCAACUCGCCGACAAAUCCUAAUCGACGCGAGGAAAACUUCGACACUGUGGAAAGCGAAGCGAGAUUUCUAGAGGAAUUCUUCGCGAACACUAAAGAACUCAAGGCGGACGUUGGGUGGAUCGAAUCGGCACAAACGCUGAGCGUGGCCGAGCAGGACCGAAAUAUCGAAUGCAGCGAGAGAGAGCGAGACGUGCCGACUGUAACCGUCUCGCCCGACACCGGCAAGUACAGCGUGACAAACUUCUACUGCAAGAUGUGUAGGAAGCAGUUCAAGAACCUCCCAGCGCUUAAAGGCCACUGCUCGAGGCGACACAAGUUCAAGAUAAAAGAUAAGGUGCCAUACGCCCGCAAGGCUCGGAUAUGCGACCACUGCGGCAAGCAAUACUGGAAUCUCGCGGAGUUCGUUACUCACGUUCACAGCCACAAUAAACCGCAAGAGCCGCAACAGUGCAAACAUUGUACUUUGAUGUUCAGCUCCGAGUCCAAAUUGAAGAUGCACAUGACAACCCACAUCGGCAAAUUCAAGGCAAAUUCCCCUAAGAAGAAGUACAUUUGCAGCGAAUGUGGCUCGGGAUGCAGUUCCGCUGCCAACCUCAAGACCCACCAGAUGCGCCACUCGAAGAGCUACACGGUGCACUGUGGGCAGUGCGGCCGCGGUUUCUACCGUCGCUCGGACCUCGUCACGCAUAUAAGGCAUCACACCGGAGAAAAACCGUUCCCCUGCCAACACUGCGAUCGGAGUUUUGCACGCCGCGACGUGCUCAACAGGCACAUGAAAUGUCAUACAAACGAGAAACCGUUCGAAUGCCGGUUCUGCCGCACGAGGUACUCUAAGAGGCAGGAACUGAAAAUGCACCUGGACAAAGGCAAGGCCUGCCGCGAGAGACGCCACAAACUGGCUACAGAAGCAAAGGCUGCAGAAGUGAAGGCUACCACGAACACUGUGUCGGUUUAUUAUGCCACCGUUAGCGGCACCGAUUUGAUUCUGCCCACACUACAAGCGGAAUUAAGUAAACUUGGAUCAAUU